CACUCAACACGAGAAGGCCGCUGCUCGUAUCAUACGUUUAUCAUCAUUUACAUUGUUGAAACGACGUGUAUUUGUGACAAAAGUAUUUGGAUCCCGUCGUUCAAGACUAUCCUCAAGUAGAACACGGGUACUAGAUCUAAACACGGUACUUUCGUCCGUAAAACCCGCGCCUUGUAGCGGCAUCCGGCUACUAACAAACUUUCUGGCUGGAGAUGAGCUAUGAACAAUAAUAAGAUGACUUCAAAAAGCGUCGAAGCUGAGUAUUUGGACAUCGCCAACAAGAACGCUUGGCCUCUGGUGUAUCAGAAACUUGGACGAGAAUGCCAGGCAUAUCCAUACACAUUUACCGAAGCAAAGAAGCCACAGAACAAGCCGUUGAACCGCUAUCGAGAUGUGAACCCGUAUGACCAUAGCCGUAUCAUCCUGAAGCGUUGUGAAAGAGAUUACAUCAACGCCAACCUCGUUAGGAUGGAUCGUGCGAACCGGAAGUACAUCCUGACUCAGGGCCCGCUGGCGUUCACCGUCGGCCACUUCUGGCUGAUGGUAUGGGAACAAGACAGUCGCGCCAUCCUAAUGCUAAAUAAGGUGAUUGAGAAGAAUGAGAUCAAAUGUCAUUGGUACUGGCCGCACGGGAUCGGCGAGGCCCACAAGCUGGUGUUGAGCGACGUAAAACUAACAGUGGAGCAGAUCAAUGAGGAAGACUGCAAUUAUUACACCACCAGGCUGUUCAAGAUUCACGACAUGGAGACAGAAGAAUCGCGCGAAGUGAUCCAGUUCCACUACACCACGUGGCCCGACUUCGGGGUGCCGUCGUCUCCGGUGGCGUUCCUGGAGUUUCUAAAGCGGGUGCGCUUGUCUGGAGCCCUGGACGCGAAUGUGGGGCCGGCGGUGGUGCAUUGCAGCGCCGGUAUCGGCCGCUCCGGCACCUUCUGUCUGGUCGACUCUUGCCUCGUCAUCAUCGAAAAUGAGGGUGUGAAUAGCGUGAACAUCCAGGAGGUUCUACUGCAGAUGCGGCGCGACCGCAUGGGGCUCAUCCAGACCCCCGACCAGCUGCGCUUCUCCUACCAGGCCGUCAUCGAAGGCGCCAAACGCCUGGACCCCGAAUGGAAGGAGGACUCGAAGUUGGAAGAGAGCAUAUACGCGACGGUAGCGGAGUGCGAGGCUAGCGAAGAGGCGCCGCCUCCACCGCCGCCGCGUGGCGAGAGCCUAUCACGCCCGCCAGCGCGCCCCCUGCCCGCCAUACCGGCUAGCGCUUCACUUGGCAACCUGAACUACUCAGCUACAGCGGAGUCAUCAAGCUCGGACGAGGGCGGCCCUCCCUCGCCCCCCGCGCGCGAGUCCCCCUCCCCCACCUUCUCCGCGUCCUCAGCUGACGACGAGGACGACGAACCCACCUCCGCGCCCACUGAAAGCGGCGAGACAUCGGAGACUGCGCUGCGCCGGCGGCGAACGCGCGAGUUGUCUGAACGCGUGUCGGCCAUGAAGCGCCGCGCGCGCCGCGUCGAGCGGUGGCACGCCCUCAAGAGGUCUCUGUACAAACCCCUCACAAUCACCAUCGGCGUGUUCCUCGCCUCGAUCCUCAUCUACUCAUACGUCAAACAUUAAACACAAUACUACUGCGAACUGCGGACGAACUACACACUUUAGAAAAAUAUAUAAGUAACGAAAAAGAUCGAUAAAUUCGAUAUUCGAACCCGUGGCUUAAUUCAAACCCAUGACUCAUGUCAAGCUGGCACGAGUGUUACCAACAACAUCGGGAUUCUUUUUUUAUAUUUUUGGGUUGCUCUAGACAAGUGCUAUAUAAACAUUAAUAAAUUAAUAAACGCGCAAGGAUUGGGAUCGUUUCAGGAGGUGACAAAAUUUUCCUUUCAGUACAAAAUGUUUCAUACUGGGCUGACAGCUACUACCAUUUGAAUUUAAGAUACUCACGAGUGCGAAAGAGAGGAUAUCAUUAGAUACAUAAUCCAGGGUAUCUUAAAGAAACGAGACAACAGUAUUUACCGUGUUUUUCGAGAAUAUUCUGCAUUUAAACCACUAAAAUAUAAUUACUUGUAUGAUAAAUUCACAAUGUAUUUAUUCAUUAAUUGGCGAAAUGGCUGCCUCUACACUUACUGAUAAGUGUCUGAUAGCCUGCCUGAAGCUUAUUAUGCAGGUAGGAGCUAUUAACACACACUUGUCCGGCAGAUAAGCUAUCGGACAGUUUAUCAGCAAAUCCUGGGCAUUUGAUUGGGUCAAAAAUAGAAAAAUAAUAAAAUGCUAUUCUUGAAAUAGAAGCCUGUCUAAGUUGGUCAAAAAUCAAUCUCAUUUUUCUUUUUUACUUAUUUUCGAAUUUUUAUUAUGAAGUAAGUAAGAAUGAGGGCGUUGUUUGACCAUUUCUAUUGAUGACGUUACUGUAGCAUUUCUACACAAUUUCCCCAAUUUCCAAUAGAAAAUUUUCAACAAUCUACUAUGAUAUUGCACCAGAGGUAAUUAGGAUAUAACCCAAAAUAUGUUACGUGCUAUGUUUGCCCCUAGAGUUAUCAUUAGGGGCAAACAUAGCUGCGACUGGUAGACUUAGGGGUAUCGUUACAGCGUGCAGCGGUAGUUGUUUAAUCCCGUUAUUUCGAUAGUCGAAUCGUCCGGGAAUCUUAUGAAAAAUCAAAAAGUCUUACCCGAAGAGGUUUUAUAUUACGUCACUAAGUAUAGACUAGCGAAUUUCCAUUUAACGUAACGUUCUUGCGAAUGCUCGACGCUCUGCUCGAAAAAAUGCUCGCGGCGAAUUUACUUAUAACAUUCCUGUAUGUCGUCCUUAAGAUACUCCUUCACCGGGAGUAUUCCCCUAUAAUGUAAUAAUUAUGAUUUUGAUAAUUACGUUACAAUACUGCAUAGCUGAUUAUUAGCGGUUCCCCUCCCUCACCGGUGUAAUGCUCGGAUAUGUAACAUUAAGUUGCCGAUAGACUUGAGCAUUCACUUGUAACAGAACAUCAAGCAUUCGCCAUUUUUAUAUUUGUCGAACUGAACAAUGAGCCGAGCCAAGCAUAGAGCCAAACAUUGCUAUGAACGUUUUCAUGAGCAAGAACGCUCGAUAGAAUGCUCGCAAAAUUAUUCUCGUAUUGUAUCUUUCGCACAUACAAGAGGGAGCACCUUUAUAAAAAAAUAAUUUUGUAACAAUCGCAUUCUGUUUUGAAAAAUCACAUCAGAAUGCCCUAGGAUGUUGUAUGCCCGAUAUUCUGUUACAAGUAAACGAUAAUCUAUACUCACCUUUUUUCCCUCAUUCAGCGGUUAUCGCUAUCGGCCCACUAGGGUCGAUUAAUUCUGUCAAAUAUUCUUCCUCUCAGACGCCCUGAGACGAGGUUCGCACCCAACUAGGCACCCUCAGGCCUGUUGUCUUAAAUUUUGUAUCGGGUGAGAGACCUCAGCGCUCUUGAUUUGUCCGGCCAAGUAGUUAAUGCCAUCUGUGGCAAACUUACAAUAAAUCACGUUAAAAAAAUACCUUACAGGAAGCGGCUCCCAACUCUGUUACUAUCCCACCGCACUACUAGCUUCACCCGAAACACACAACCCAUAACAUUUUUGAAGGUGUAAAGUAACAUUAGACCUAAAUAUACUUUAAUUUAAUUACACAUAGGCCCCGAUUCCUGCACACACAACCUAAUUUUAUUUUAAGUUAUACCUGUCGUCCUCUUUUCCGCCGAAUAGGAAAGGGACGGAUGAUUGACAACUGUUAAUUUUAAAAUGAAUAAAUAACCCGGACGAAUAAAAUUGGCAUCUCGCUCAUAUGCAAUGUUUGACGUGUGCUGGCAACUUAAUUCUGUCGGGUUAUUGGCCAAUAUAAAAUUUUGGAAGGUUUUUUUUUAAAUUUCUGCUUUAAAUUGACGUCUGUUCCAUAAAUUUUAUGCCUGUCCCUUUCCCUUUCGGCAGAUAAGAAAAUGACAGAUGUAAACUAAAAUAAAGCUGACCUAACCUGCUGAUACUAACACCGCUCGCGUAUUCAAUGUAUGGUCACGAGUACUAAUAUGUAUGCACUUUGAAACCAUGUCACAUUAACUUUUUUGACAAAUUAAACCGUAAGUCUCAUUAAAUGUCAAAUACGAUAGUGCGACAGGGUUCUAAAGUGGGUACAUGAUAUUACUUAUGCCUGUAUAUGUACUAUAUUAUAAAUACUUGCUGCAUACAUAAGAUAUUAUAGUCUGAGCCAAUACUUUCGGGACUGUUGUACAAUUUUGCUACGACUCGUAGCUUUUAAAUGGACGAAUCGGUGUUAUAAAAGCAAGCUAUAAUAACGUACCUAAACGAAAGAGUAAUAAUUGUGUACCGGACUGGAAUGGGCAUGUGAGUGGCGCUAACGGGGAGGGUUAGGUUAGGUUAGGUUAUAUUUAUAAUAAAAUGAAUGAGUCUCGAAAAUUAUUCAAAUCAAAAUUAACAUUCUGUCAAAUUAAAAACACAAAAUGUCGAUCACUGAAGUACAUGACCUUCAACAAGUUUAUCCAUGAUAAUUAUAUCUUAUCACUUGUUUAUCAAGAACUGUACUUAAGUACGGUAUUGUCAAAUCCGAUUUGUCCAUUUGAAAGUAUGUCUCGAUAUAAUUGCGUCGACCCAUCUUCUAUGAGAUAAAACAACUAAAAAUCAAAUAUCAAAAGUAAUAUUAGUACUCAAUAUUCUAGAUAAAUGGCGCCGGCUUAAUGACAAUACAUAGAUUGGAUUUCGCAUGGACAGGAAUAGGAACCGGUGGCGUAAUGGUUAACAUGCUCGUCCCGGCUUGACAAGAGCUCCGGGUUCAAGACCCGUCCAAGUCAGAUUUUUUUUCGAUUUAAUGUUUUUUCUUUUCAACUAAAAGAAAUCUAAAAGUCUGUAGUUCGACCGCAGGAUGACGUAUAAGGCUCUGCAGCCUCCUUUUUAUAUAAGUAAAACAUAUUUUUCUAUGAAAUAUUGACAAAUUCGAGUGCCGCCCGAGAAACCGGCUCAACUGUAUGUUAUAGGGAAAAUGUUGAGAACAUCUCAUCAAUAUUUUGAUACGAGCUAAAGAUACUACACGUCGUUGUAUCAACGUGCGAAGAUACCAUAAUGUUUCCUAGUGCGAAUAAAUGAAUGUUAUACAUUUUCCUAACAUACUUUUGGAGCGUACGCAUAUUCUAAACUAGCCAAUAGAUUUUCUAACAGAUCACAUGUAGUGUUACAGUAUUCGACAGGACGGAUUGAGUUAUUCAAAUAUGCAAUCAAACUUUAUAAGCCGCACUCGGACUUAUGAAUUGAAAAGACAGCGAAUUUUGACUAGUUGUAAAUAUUUAGAUUACUCGGCAGAAUUACUUUAGCACUAUUGAGUCGCAGAGUGGUGUACCUACUGCGUCUAUUGAUAUCCCCGGCCUCAAUACGUUGAAAGUUGACGACUUGUAAAACGCUUCGUGAUCAGCGUUCGAUGAAUUUACAAUAAUUUAUUCCAUUUUUAUGAAUUUAAACUAAGUCCAAUUGCAAUUCUUGUAGAUUUUUGUAAUAAUGGUCAAUUCAUGUAUCUUUACACACGUACGUAAUUUGCGCCCGUAAAUGCUGUGGUGGUGGGUAGAGAAAAUGAAAGUAGUCUAUCGUAUCGCUGAGCAGAUAAUCCCUUAUUUAUUAUGCAUUAUAUUUUUACUCUUAAUUCCCGAAAUGAACUUUUAUAUUAUUUUUAUAAUAUUUAAAUCAAUGAAAACCUAGACACUCAAAUGUAGGUGACAGCACUGUUGAAUGUCCCUAAAUUUUGACACAUCCCAAUAUUUUCCAGCUAAAGUUCGUAAUAACAGUGUGUCCUGUCUGAAGGAUGAGUUACGAAAAGAAAAGCAACCAUCCGUCGGAAAAUGGCAAUUUUGAUUGAAAAGACGUUUUUCAUAGAUGUUUCAAAAUAGGCUUCAUCACAGUUGAGCCAUUUCCUUCUGCUCGUAUUAAUAAUAUGUUCAAGAUUAGUUCUUAAAGAAAAAACUAAACUGAAACUGAUAAAAAUAUUUUAUUCUUAUUCUUUCCCAUCUUUAGAGAAAAAAUGGGGUAUAAUAUACAAAUAUACCCAAAACAAUGUGUUUGUUUACUCCAAUAGUAUGGGGAACUGUGAAAAUUUAAGAACACUCUGCAGUGGCGCCACCUAACGGGAGAAAUGGGCAGUUUUUAUCCUGAUUAUAAUUUCCGUUAUUUUAUUAUUCGGGUCUGGUAUCCCUAAGGGUUUGUAAGACUUUCACAGGCCAUUGAUGGCAAGAUCUCACGUGGAAACCUUUUGGAGACUGAUGGAAAUUACUAUUUAUUUAUAUUACUUGAUAUAUUCGACGUUAAGUCAGCAAUGAUUGAAGUACGGACGCUACCAGUGGCGACAUCGUAGAAUGUUAUUUUAUCAAAAUGACUAUUUUUGCAAAACCUCCCGUACUUACAACUCCAAAUCAUUUAUUGUUCAUAAUGUGGGUAGGUCAAAGAUAAAUUAUGAAAUUCUGAUUACUAAAUAAAGACUGAUUUAAAACGUGACGAAAAACAUUUUCUUUUUCCGUUUAACUUAUUUAAGAAUUUUAAACAAGAUAAACGUAAUAAUGAGUCCGACUUAAAUCACGUUCUCUAUGAUGUCACAGUGUGCGUUUUCUUACAAAUUCCAUAGUAAUUUCGUGUUUUGACGUUUAGUAAAAAGUAACUGAUUUGUCUAGAUGGAAACUAGCCUGUUGUGGGUACAUAUUUUUUCAUAUCAAUGUUAUUAAGUUAUACCGUAGGAGUAGGUGUGUUGGUGUCCGUGCCACUGGGUGACUGGAGUGUCCGUCGCACAAAAAUAUUCUAUACUAUAGAGUUCUUACAGUGCGCCGCCAAACGCGUUAGUUUGAGCGAGACAGCCGAGCGCUCUUCCCCUUACUCAUUAACGUCUCACAACCAUUUAAGACUAAAGAAACACCCAGAGAGGGUGAAGUAAAUCUAUCUUAGAUUUGGGCCGGAGUGUUACCGUUCUAUACGUAGUAUUUCUCUUUAUUAUACGUAUGCCCGUACUAGGAAAACCGCUGCAGGCUUAAACAAGGUCCAUAACAUUUUUCUAUAUCCUAAUACCUUUAUGAUGCAAUAGGGCCAUUUUGCGAAUGGGAUCAGUAACAGACGCAGACUGCAGCGUUUGUGGCUUACUCUUCAGUGUUGUGACAUAAUACUAUAACUCGCGAACUCUAAUUUCCAAAUUUAGUAUGCAAUUAUAAGCUUAAACAAUAGUAAACUGUAUAGCGAUUUUUAAUUGUAAUUUAUGUUUAUGACACCAUCGCAAAAGUCUGAUAUUUGUAAGUAUUACGACUUAGCACUGUUAUUAGUACAUGUAAAUAAAGGUGUUGUCAGUUAUAAGUGCAGGUACGAAUAUUGAGCGCAGAUCUGUCUGUAAAAUCAAUGAACGGGCGCCAUUUUUAACGCAAUAAAUCGAUCGAUUUUAAAAAAUGUUACUCUUCAGGGUUUAGAUUUACAAUCGGAACCGUUAGAUGGCGCUGUGAUCGGGCAGAAAAUAUUCGCCCAGUCCGCUAGUAUUCAUUAUAAUUUACAAUAACUGAUUUUUUUAAAGUCCAAAGUUUAAAUAAACGUAUAUUUUACGACGUCUCAGAAACAUUUCUUUACAACAUUUACAUUAUCGCAAAAAAGGUACAAAGAAAAUAAAAUGCUUCAGAAAUAAAAGAAAAAGUAUGAAAAUACAUAUACGAGUGCAAAAUCACGCCCAUCAAUUCUUAAUGGGGUGGGGAAAGCGACAACUUUCUAACUUUAAGUUAUCUUCUUUUAUAGUUUCUUGGAAUUAUCAUGUUGGGAAGGUCGGUUAUCCUCAACCCACACGACAGAAAACUACUGUCAUUCAGCGCUCAAUAUUAGUUCCUAGAUAGCAUACCGAAUUGUUCAAUAACAUACAGGCACAGGCCUCCCGCCAAUCAACCGGGGGGAAUUGUUCAAUAACACCCUAUAAUUCGGUACACAUAUCUGCAGUAGCUUCAUAUUAAAAAGUAUUAGUAUAUUACGUAUUGGUAUUCACAAUAAGUGGCGCUGUCUGGGUAGGCUGAUAGGGGUUAAACCCUAUUAACAAUUUAAAUACAUAUAUACACAUAGAACCAUAAGUCAAUAUUAUGAGGGACGUUCCAGGCUACGUUCCUUAAGAACAAUAUAGAUGGCGCUGUACAGUUUUUCGUUCGUUUAACCUUCUAAUUUCAUGGAUAACAGACAUGUGCAUCUUUUGUCUUUGUUUUAUGGUAUAAAUGAUGACCGCUUUUAUUACACCCAGGCAUAAUUACAUGGAUCAAAAUACAUUUGCAAAAUCACAUUCUGAUUAUUUCUAAUGUGAAAUUCGCUUUGUUGGUAGCGCUGUUCAGAUUUAACGUAAUAAUUUCUCAUUGCUUGGGGUACAUGAUUAUUCAAAACUAUAAUGUAAUUGCAGAGGCAUAUAUAAAAGUUAUUGUUGCUUGAUAUUUGGAUCAGAUACGUAUACAAUCAUGUUGCUACCUAUAUCGCUUCACUUUAUUUGGCGUAAUAACAAAGGUCUAGAAGGUCUUAUACCCAAAAAUAAAGAUAAAAGUUGCUUAUGUCUGUUAUCCAUGAACGUUAAACGCAGGAAAAUCUUUACAGCGCUAUCUAUAUUUUGUUUGACGAACGUUGCCUGGAAAGCCCCUCAUUGGUCACUUUAUUCCGUGUUAUUGUAAAAUAUCCAAGUAGGUACAGUUCCGAGUUUCCCCUUAUCUUGCACAUAAUGCGUGCUGCAUUUUUAGUUUGUUGAUCUCUAAGCGGAUACCGAUAAAUUAUGUAUAAUUGUAUAUCAUGUCUAGACACUGCAUUUUUUUAUUCGCUGUGCUAGGUAAUACGUAUAAAAUAAUAACAAUUUCAGUAUUCAUUUUACAUUAGCACACUUUCGUUUUAUAACUAUGAACGUAUAAAUACACAUUUUCUAUCCCUUGCCAUUUUUUCAGUUGGCAACCGCAUUUUUUACUAAGUAUAUUUCAAUUAAAUAAGAAUUAUGAGCUUAUUCUCAUUGUAGGUGAAACUAAUUUAAUAAAUGUAUAAUUAGGCUGUAUAAAAAGGUGCAGGGUAUUGAGAAUAUUUUGUCCAAAAACAUUUCAAUAUUUUUUAAUUGGCUAAUGUAGUUUUUUAGGCAGGUAACAUUUUUACAUGUAAUAAGAACGAUAGAUAAAUCUUUUAUUCGUUUCCCUAGGCGUUUGGAAUAAAUUCUCAAUACUUUAGCAAUGUCUGUCUCUACUAGUCUACGAUGGCUGGCAGUGCCGCUGUAUUGUUUUAAACAAUGGAUUUUCCACAAUAUUUAUGUGGACAAAUGUGAGACGAGCGGUUGCCGUUUUGGUGUCAAGUGCCUUUAAAAGGAUUCAGAUAUAUUUAUAUUUUGCAUAUUUCACAAAUGUGCGCAUAGCUAUUGUGAGAAAACCAUUCGUUUUCGACGAUGCAGUCCCAGUGCCCGCUGCAGGGGACUAGUGAAGCACGACUGUAGUUUCGUUGUAGAUAGUAUGUUAGUCGAUAGAAAGUAUACGCGGGUCUAUACGGUGUUAGAAUGAACUAGCUCGUAAAGAACUAAAAUCUUUUGUCGGUCGAUAUUGAUGCGAUGAAUGCCAGUUAGAUAUGCUAUAAUCAGCGAUAUAUGAGUAUAGCAAUCAGCAAAAAUAACACGUUCUUUGUAAAUACGUAUUUUUAUACUUUUUAUAAUUGUGAAUAACUAUACCUACCUACAUACAAUAAAUGUAAUCUCAGCAAUAUAAUCAACAGUCUAAACAUUGAAUAAAGUUUAAUUAAACCUAACUAUAAUAAUUAUAAAAAUAUACAAUUUAAAAAAAGGUUGCUUAUCAUUAUAUAUAAUAAUAUUUCAAUUCUAAUUUGAAAAGUAGGCAUAUUAAAUAGCUCAAUUUGUUUGCAAUUUAUCUGACGUAUGUAUAUUUGUUUAAUAAUGUCUAAUUUUUUUAUUAAUAUGAUAGGUAUAGUGCACGUUAACAGUUAGGUUAUGUAAUAGUAUAAGUAUCAAGAUGCACUUUCCCGGCAUCGGAACUUUAGUAGUGUAAGGCGGGGUUGGAAUGUACUUGAACAGCGGUUUAUUAUUUCAGGUUUAAAUCGGAGGAAAAACCUCAAAGCGAACCAUGUGAAGACUGAGGAGAUUAGGUAAAUUUUAGAACAAUUUUAAUGUUACGUGUUAAUAAAAGUAUGGUUGGAAUGGACAUAUCUUAACGGGAGCGUGGGCGAGAUCGAGUGACCGGCGACAGGCCUAGGUCCAUCCUCGGAUGUGUCAAUGUUGUCAAGUCCGCUUUGCCCUGCCCCCCGAAUCACCGGCGUCCCUCCACCGUCACGCACUCUGUGCCAAACUUCGUGGAACAAGUCACACAAUACUCUAAUCCACACUCUCUUACUGUUUCAGACGAAGUGUGUAUUGAGUAUACCAGCAACCAAAGGUCUCAAUUCUCCGAAAAUAAUCACAUUAUUAGGGCGACAUUUUGAUUGAGAUUUCGGAAUUCGGUUCUCGCAUAGGGAUAAUUUGCUUUGACGAUUCAUUUACAUUAAUAAUGCAAUUUGUAAUAUAACAUAUUAUGUAUAUUAUAACUUUAAUGAUAAUAAUAAUUUAUUUUUAAAAUUGACAAUGAUUUUAAUAAUGCUUUUGAGUUAGGUUUAUGAUAAUUUUGUGUAUCGCUGUAUUUUUUGACGUAACUCACUAUUGUGUACCGAAAAUGUACUUGUGUUGCUAUGGUAACUGACUGCUCCGGCUCCAGGGUUUACCUUCGGGCGAAACUCUGCUAUUUACACCUAAAGCUAUGUGAAGUGGACUUUGGUUUCCGACUCUUUCAACAACGUCAAGAGACAUCACAAUCUAAGUAAUGUAAUAACGGGAGGAUAUGUUUCAUAUAUAGCAUUUAAAUGGCAGAGCUAAGCAGCUAGGUGCAUCUAGAUGCUUUUACAGUCCCCGGGCCAUGCGCAAAUUACGUCAGUCACUUCCCCGGGCGAAACCUUGUUCUCCCGGGCGAUUACAGAAAAAAAAACAUUUCUUUUUGCAACUUGAGAGUAUUUGCUUUUCUCGGGGACAAUUAGAUUGUCAGACCUGUGCCCUUUAUCAAAACUUACAAGCCCUGUAUCACAAGAAAUUUUCUAGUAAAAAUUUUCAUUAUUACAAGAAUGCGUUUAUUAAAAGUACACAUGUAAAUUACACGUUACAAGUGUCAAUAUUUAUUUCACAAGUAUAUUUAACAACCCCUCUAUUUUUUGUUCGUUAAACGUAGUUUACUCGAACUUGUGAGUAACUUGUAGACUUGUAAGUUUUGAUAAACACGGCAUUGUCAGAAGGCCAGUCAGUUCCUGUACCCACACUGAUGUAUCAUGUACAUAGAUGAAGUAAGCAUCCAUACUUUAAGUUUUAGGCUAUGCGUUAAUUAUAAUGUCGCCAGUUGUUUGCCGCGAGACAUUUAUACGUACACCAUUAAUAUUUGUAAUCAGUGUUCAAUCAUCGCUCACUAAUCAUUAUAAUUAAUAUACUCGUAAUUCUUAAUGAUACGUGAUCAGAUCAUAUCUCUAGACUGUUAGCAAUAACCUGACAAUAACACCAGACGGUAACUACUUGUAAGAUAAGUUAUCCCGAGCAAAGAGUACAUUAGCAUAUUGUUUCUAAUUUACUAGAUUUAUGUCAAAUAUAAUGUAAACAAUGUUUGUAUAAAUACAAUAAGCUUCUCGCGACGAAAAGCCGGCGACUCUAGGUAAAUAUAUUAAUGUAUUUCGUAAUUACCUUUAUUGGGGAAAUAAAGCUUAAGCCACACAUUCGCUAUAGACUGAUAGUGUAUCUUAGAUGUACAACAGACAGCAAACCGAAUGCCUUACAAUAGUAGCACCUACGGACAAAGGGUCGUGCGUUUAGUCAUUUGACCUCCUUAUCUGAAGCAGAAUAAAUAAAGAAUAUUAGGCUAUCUUCAUACGAGCUCAACACCUAAUUACACUUAUCUAAAUAACUUGCUCAGGUGAAGCGUGGGUACUCGCAAUGCAUGUACCUCCGUCUAGCCCUAAAUAUAGUCGUAAGUUUGUAUUAAAUUUCAUGUUUCGUCUGAAAAUACCACAUUGUCAUGUGACGUUGUAAGUCAACCAUACCCCUCCGCCGGUGUCGACGUUUUCCCUCCUUCAGCGCUUUCCAAUAUUAACGUCUCAGACUGUACCCUGAGCAGAGGGUCAUCUGUGAAUAUUGUUUUAAAUAUUCUAUCGGUUAUCUGCAUACAGCACUCCUCAUUUGCUUAUCGAAAAGUACUGCUCACGUAAAAAGUAGUUCGAAUGAAUCAUCGCACUCUAGUAUUUAGUCACAGCAAAGGGUGUAGCCGUCGACGAAGCUACCAAGCAUCCUUAGCUAGUAGUAGCCUGAGCCCUUACAUGGACGCGAACGUCACUAAUAAACUUGGUUUUUGGUAGAUAUGAGUACGGGGGACACGAGUGAAACCGCCGGUAGUCCGUAGGCCGGUAGCCUUUAUUAGAUAAAGGUCAUAGGUAUAUGCAUACCCUCUUAUUCCUAACAUCCCUCCACCAAAAUUCCCAUUACAGUUACAGUAUUGUUUGGUAUUAUUACAGUUUUGAAAGAUCUAUUGCAAGAAACCCAAUAGAGACUUCCACUUGACGUAUAAGUUAGUGUAGUGGUAGGAGGGCUUGGGUCGUGUUUUCAAGAUCUUAAAGAGCGGCCUUCCAAUCCCAAUUUAACAGCAGACUAAUACCCAGCGCUUGUAAAAGAUAACUUACUGUUCUUUAUUUACUGUGCCUAAUGGUAGGGUCCGCCCCGAUAGCGAUAUAUUAUAUAUAUGUAGACUUAGCAAUAUUAACACUUAAUAGCAUCCACAGCUACGCAACGACUAGAUAAAUAUAUCUAUUCAUUUAAAUACUAGAAAAUAAUAUCACAAAGAAUCAUAAUAUGUCUUAAGCUAUAAUAAUAUAGAAGAUAACUAUGUAACCUUCGAUCAUAUAUAUUUGUAUGUAACUAUGUACGUAACUAUAGAUAUAAGCAAUCAGUGCCAAGUUUUGAGCGAUUGAAAUUUUAAUUUAUUACUAAGAUUCUUUUUUUUUUAAAUGCGACUCUGUUACUAUUAGCACAAAGGUCAAGAUUCAAUUUUCGAUCCACAUACAUAACGUACAUAACCAAACCUUAAUGCUAAAAAAAUAAAUAUUCACUCCAUCAAUAAAGUUUCGUUUUCUUCAUUAUAGGCUAAAUGAUGAAGAAUUUAGGGCACUCUAUCAAGUUAUAAUCACUAGGUUUGAGUUAUCAAAAAAUAGAUUGAAUGCAGAAUUUUGUCAUACUAAUUUUAAUUUUUAUGUUUCCAAUAUUGGUUGGUAAAUAUAAGACCAUUCGUGAGUUGAAGAAGAAUAAUUAUUUUAAUGAUAAAAAAAUGAAAUGAACGACGCUCUCUCUUAACUUGUCACUCAAAUGUAUAUUCAUAUUUCUAGCUACGCCUUGGAGCCAAAUGUAGCCGAUUUUAAGCCAUUACAUCCAAUAGUGUUUGACCGGAUCAAAGAUAAAUUAUGAAAUGCUAAUCUAGAAAUACAAGCCAGUCUAAAAUGAUCAAAAAUCAAUAUCAUUUUACAUUUCGAAUUAUUUUCCAAUUUUAUUUAUGAAUUAAGUAACAAUGAGUACGACGUUUGAUUUGGUUGUCAAGUAGCCUAAUCCAGUAAGAUAUAAUAUUUUAAAACCCCUUGAAUUGGGUAGUUUUCUAGAUCAAAGAUAAAUUAUGAAAUUCUGAUUACUAAAUAAAGGCAGAUCUAAAGGUGUCAAAACAUUUAUUUUUUCUAUUUAACUUAUUUAUGAAUUUUAAUGAAGAAAUAAAACAGGUUUAUUGUGACGUCCCAGGUUGCUUUUCAUACAAAUUCCAUACGUUUUUUUGACGUUUAGUAAAAAGUUACUGAUUCCAUGAGUAGGAUUUAAAUCAGAGUUUCGAUUUAACCAACUAUCUCUAACUUCGAGAGGAAUCUGCUAGUAAUAAAUUAAUAAUAAAAAACUGUAUGUUAUCAAAUAUCACUUAGGUACAUCUUAUAAGACUAGCUAUAAUAAUAUGGUUGGCCGGCUAUGUAUGUGCUGCCGUCCUAUAUCGGAACAUGCCGGCCCGCGGCGAUAAACAAACCGAUUGAUUAGGCUUAAUUAAUCAUUUUAUAUCGUAUUUCAUGAUUCAGUAGUUAAAUAUAUCCUGUGUAUAAUACACAUGCACCUGCCCGGUUAGUAGACUUGGAAUCAUAGUUUAUGAACCUGGAAGACUAUUAUAGCUGGAUAGAACAGAGUGAAUUAGGGGUGUUAGUCUAUCUUCUUAUCGUGUGGGUUGUGAGGUGGAAUACCAUCCUCAUCAACCCUAGUGUCAGGGUUACUUGAGCCGCCACAGGCCCCUGACAUGGCUCAUGUAACGAUUACUCACAUCAGUAAAUAGUUACCGGGACCAACGGUUAAACGUGCCUUCCGAAGCACGGAUCAUCCUACUUUCGGAUAAUCAGGUGAUCAGCUUGUAAUGUCCUAACCAAACUAGGGAUCACAAAGUGAUUUUUUGAAGUAGUGGGGAUAGCAAGAGGUCGGAUACACAAUUCGUCAACAUAUAACUCUCGUUUUAAGACAAAACCAUGAUUGUGGAAUACAUUUGUAUUGUGAUCUUUCGAGCGGGUUUCAUUAUUGCAGUGUAGCUUCUGGCGGGAUUCAGGAAUUCGCAGACAUAUACGUAAACAUUCUUUUCCCUUUUCGACGUGUCUUUGGGUGAGGAUUUUGUCUUUUACCUGACAGAGACAUUUUGACAUAGUAUGUAGUCUAGAAUCGUUCUUAACAAUCGGUUUAGUUACCACGCGUUUAGAUUAAACGUAGCAGGAGUAUUCUAUAUCGGUCAUAUUUUAGAUCUAAGAAUCUAUGUAUAACAAACUAAUGCUACGGAUAUGGUAAAAAGUAGGUCAUUCUAAACAACGUAGAUAGAAGUUCAAUUACAUGUAUAAUCGAUAUUCUUUGAAAUAUUUUUGUGUAUGUAUGGUGCUCGAAUCAGUCGCGGUAGGUAUCAGAUCUUAAAAGAAAAUGUUAAUUUGGUAACAGUUGUGGAUGUUAAUUUGUGUUAGAAUGUUUACUCCGUGUCGUCUCAGAUCAGUAUACCCAUAUAUGGUUUCUGAAUUCAUCCCGUAGAAUAUAGAACUACGUAAUGUUUCUAGUAACUAAUGCCGUACCAACAAAUCAACGUUGGCUAUUCCGUAAUAUGCGGAUUCUAAACCAAAUUAUACCAUACGAUUGACUUGUUACAUAAUGUAGGUCCACAUUCACAGUCUGAAUAACAUGGGCGAGAAGAUAUAAAUAAUCAAAGUAGAGGAAUACUCAGCUAAACUACAAUAAUCUACCACCUGACAAAACCAUGAAUUCUCUGCAAGUAAAUGUUUGUUUGAUCAACAAAAAUCUUUAUCCAUUUAUAAUUCGCACAUUGUUAAUGUAACAUGUUAUCAGUGUUUUAGGAUCUGUACAAUAUAUUUGUAGUUUCCUGCUUGUAUAUUAGUAUUUAGUAGACAAUAAUAAAUUAACUAUAAUAAUAAUAAACCAUUUAUUUCAGGCUACGGUACUAUAGGAAGCCAGUCCUGCGUUACCAUUUAGUUAUUGUUUCUUUAAAUAUGCGACUGAAUUGUAUCAACUUUUUCUUCGACACGCAACGUUUUGCAAUUACAUUUAUCCUAAUUUAAUUAUUAGAUUAUUCAACUUAUAAUAAUACUGUUUUCAAUGUCAUGAUCUUAGUAACAAUUUUAUGCAAGUAUACCAAUCUUCAGGUUGCCUCUGGGACUGGCAGUAGGUUAAAGUAAUGUACAUUCGAAAUCACGAUUAUGCUUCCAACAAGUAGUUAGCACGCGCCGGACAGGUACAGCAGCGUGGGAGGCAAACCGUAUAUGAAGUAAAGUUAAGCUAGUUAUGGGCGCGUUCAGCGAGUGUUUAGCUCGCAACGUACUCCGGCGCUAGUGCAAUUUUGUUUAAAUGUCCUGGUUCCCCAAUAAAGGUAUGAAUGUCAUGUCCACGUAGGAUGUGUACAUGUACAUGUGCGUAAAUUCUAGAAACAAUAUUACAACGGCAACAUGUAACGGAAAUGUCCUUGCAGUAUUACUUGUGACUUAUACUUUGUUCUAACACUUGAAGGUUGUUUCAAAUCUGUUUAUAUCUGUAUUUUUAUAAUAUUAAGAAAUGUAUUAGUAGAAACAAUAAGAAGGAAAUUACGUAAAAUCACCCCCGAAAAGCAGUGUAAAAGAUUUGAAACAAAUUAAUAAAAUAAUGUGAAAACGACAGCUAUAAUUGCCUAGAUUUUUAGUUUAUACACCACAAGCGUUCCGUUUGUUAUAUCUUAGUGAGUAUUUUUAGUUAUUGUAUUUCGUCCAGGGUGUAUACAGGUUACGAAGGGUGGGUGAACUAAUUGUGAUCAGGAGGAUGUUAGCGUAGUUCCUACAAGUGCGAGACGUAUUGGUUAUAACCUGUAUACCUCCUUGCGCCGUCCUGACUGCUAUUAAAGUGAGCGGUUUAGGAUACUAUCUUGAAUGUUCCAUGUCUUCGUCUAGUUAAACAUCGUGGAAUAAUCUCCCGCAAGUUUAUAACUCGACGUAGAUACUAACUAUCAAGGGACAAACGCUCUUCUAAAGUAUUUAGAGCGUUUACAUUUGUAUAAUUACAUAAUAGGUAUUUCAUACAAUAUAGUCAAUCAUUUUGUAAUGUACCUUCCUAUCUAACGACUUAAACAAAGGUCAAGUUUUAAAAUUAAACUAUUUUUAAUUGUAAUGUAAUGAUAUACCUAUAUGUAUUGAUUAUGUAAUCCAAUGUCACGAUUAUACAUAAUAAUAAACUGUUCUCUAUGUUUCAUUUA